GCCCCACCCGACAACCAAGACUUAUAAACUCCCCAGUUGAGCAAGCAACUCUGGUGUUUUUCUCGUAUUUUAAUUAGAGAAAGAGAGAGAGAUGGCAGAGUUGAAUGAAGGAGCUGCUGCUGAGGUAACAUCAAUCUUCAUAUAUCCAAUCAAAUCUUGCCGUGGAAUCUCCGUUUCUCAGGCACCCAUCUCCCCCACUGGAUUUCGCUGGGAUCGACAAUGGAUGGUUGUGAAUUCCAAAGGCCGAGCCCGUACCCAAAGAGUUGAUCCAAAGCUAGCUCUAGUUGAAACAGAAUUGCCUAACGAGGCUAUGUCUGAGGGCUGGGAACCAAAUAAGAACUCGUAUUUAGUUAUAAGGGCGCCUGGUAUGCAAGCUCUGAAAGUUCCGUUAACUAAGCCUUCUCUCACAACAGAGGGUAUCUCGGUGUGGGAAUGGUCUGGCUCCGCAUUUGAUGAGGGAGAUGAAGCAGCAACGUGGUUCUCCAAUUAUCUUGGAAAACCCAAUCGACUAGUGCGCUUUAAUGAAGCCUCAGAAACGAGGGUCGUAGACCCUGAAUAUGCCCGUGGAUACAAGGUUAAAUUUUCCGAUGGAUAUCCAUUUCUCAUCCUAUCCCAGGGAUCAUUAAACACGUUAAAUACCCUUCUCAAGGAGCCCAUUCCAGUGAAUCGUUUUAGACCCAAUAUACUCGUUGAUGGAUGCCAGCAAUAUGCAGAGGAUUUGUGGAAGGAGAUCCUGAUAAACAAGUCGACGUUUUAUGGUGUUAAAUUAUGCAGUCGCUGCAAGAUACCCACAAUCAAUCAAGAAACUGCAGAAAUGGGGUCUGAACCAACUCAAACUCUCAAGCAGUUCCGUUCGGAUCAAGUGUUGCUUCCAAAUAAGAAACAACAGGGAAGUGUGUUUUUUGGGCAGAAUAUGGUUUGUGCUGACUCCCUUGGCCAGGUUAAGAUAAUCAAAGUUGGUGAUCCUGUUCAUGUCAUCAAAGCAGUGCCCUCCUGCACUGAAGCAGCUGCUUGAACUCUUGCUUCUAGAAUGAUCUAGUUAAUCUCUUCUUAAUCUAAAUUAUGGAAAUAAAUCAUAGUCUAUCUAUCUAGAGUAUAACAUACCAUAAUACCAAUUAUAAUUAUAAUAUCAAUAACUAUGGUUUAUGAUGCAUGAAAACUUUCAAGUCUUAAUGUUUUCAUGUUUCAGAGAUCAUUUCUCUACUGUUGUGUA